AUGCAAAUUCUUGAUCUGUCUUCCAAUAAGUUAGUCGGCCAGAUUCCUACUUGGCUUUUGCAAAAAAAUGCAAACUUAGAAGUUCUUGUUCUAAAGGAUAACUCUUUUACGGGUCCGUUUCUUGUAGAUGAUUCUCUGGAAAUAAAUCUAAGUCGAUUAGACAUCUCAAACAAUGACGUCAGUGGUAAGGUUCCCGAAAAUAUCGGUUUAUCUUUUCCAUUUCUGCAGUGGUUGAAUUUGUCAGGAAAUUCAUUGGAAGCCAAUAUUCCCCAGUCAUUGGGAAACUUGACAAUGGCAGAAAAAAUUGAUUUGUCCCACAACAUGUUUUCAGGGGAGGUGCCAAGUCAAAUUGGAACUGGAUGUUUAUUUCUUAGAAUAUUGGUAUUGUCUUAUAAUAAUUUGCAUGGCAAUUUUCCUUCUGGGUCCACAAACUUAACAAGCCUAGAAUUCCUUCACUUGGAUAAUAACCAUUUUAUUGGGAGCAUUUCACAUCGAUUAUCUCGUUCUCCAAGUUUAUCUUUGCUGGAUAUUUCAAACAAUUCUUUUCAAGGCAAAAUUCCAAGUUGGAUUGGAAAUUUUUCAUAUUUGGAGGCUCUUGUCAUGUCAGCCAACUUGCUAGAAGGUAGCUUACCAGAUGCGAUAUGCAAACUUUCACAUCUUGAAUUUUUAGACCUCUCCAAAAAUCAGUUGAUCGGACCUUUACCAGCCUGCUCCGAGCUUACGUCAUUGAAGUUCAUCCACCUGCAUCACAACAUGAUCUCAGGGCCCAUCUCAAACAUGCUGUCUGUGAGCUUCAAUUUGAUGACACUCGAUUUGGGUUACAACAAGCUGUCUGGCGGUAUACCACGCUAUAUUGGUAAACUUAAAGAGCUCAGAGUUUUUUUUUUGGGGGGAAAUGAAUUGCAUGAUCAUAUUCCUUUGCACUUAUGUCAGCUGCAGAAUGUGACAAUUACGGAUCUUUCUCAGAAUAAGUUUUCUGGGCCACUGCCUACAUGCUUCAACAACAUUUCUUUUGGCAGAGGGCAGUUCUCCGCAGAUGCAUUUUUUACCUAUGGCCCGGAUUUUGGUGAGACUGAAAGCUUCCCAGAGUACUCUGGAUCUCAUUUUCUGGCUAUGGAGAUAAGCUGGAGUGAGUAUUAUAUAACUUUUUCCGAGCAAGAAAAUGUGAUAUUCACAACAAAAAGUAGAAGCGAACGCUAUGCAGGGAAUAUAUUAAAUUUCAUGUCUGGACUUGAUUUGUCGUGUAACCAAUUGAUUGGAGCGAUUCCUCCUGAAUUUGGUGAUCUCAGACAUAUCCGGGCAUUAAAUUUAUCCCACAACUACUUGCAAGGAUCUAUUCCCUCAAGACUUUCCAUGUUGAACCAAAUAGAGAGCUUGGAUCUUUCUUACAACAAUUUCAGUGGUGAAAUACCUUCAGAGCUGGCAUCCUUGAACUUCUUGUCCAUCUUCAAUGUGUCAUACAAUAACUUGUCUGGCAGGGUACCUGAUACAGGGGAGUUUGCAAACUUUGACGACAGCAAUUAUAGAGGGAAUCCAGGUCUCUGUGGACCAUUGCUCAAGAGAAGUUGUAACCCGUCUGCUCCACACCCUGAAAAUGUUGGUGAUCAAGACAUAGAAGUUGAUGGUGCAAUUGAUGUGGCAGCAUUCGCUUGGAGCUUUUUUGCUUCAUAUAUGGUGAUCAUGAUUUCAUUAGUGGUAAUUCUUUGUGUUAGCCCUUAUUAUAGAAGAGCAUGGUCUUUUUAUAUUGAUUAUUGGAUCCUAUCUAGAUUCUACCAGUAUUGCUGGUCUCGUUCUUCAGAGAAAAAGCAAACAUGGAAAGUGUUCAAUUGGAACAUGAGAAGGAGAUGA